AUGGGCUGGUGUCAAGGCAAGGCUUCCUGGCUACUCUUGUUAGCUGGGUUGGUGCUAACAGGAAUAGCUUUGGAGUAUGAAGGGGUUCCUGGUCAGUGGACACGCUACGGCCAGUGGGAUGCCAAGACAACAGGAGAGCUCAGCUUUAUUCUGAAAAGCAACGCCAGCAAAGCCCUGGUGCUCUACCUGGAUGACGGAGGGAACUGCGACUUCCUGGAGCUCCUCAUCGCAGACGGGAGGCUCCAGGUGCGCUUCACCAUCCACUGUGCCGAGCCAGCCUCCCUGCACACAGAGACACGCAUCAACGACCAGCGGUGGCACCGAGUCCUCCUCUCUCGCAAUUUCAGAGAGACAAAGCUGGUGGUGGACAACGAGGAGAAAGUGUCCGAGGUGAAGUCCAAGAGGAAAGAGAUGGUUGUGGCCAGCGACCUCUACGUGGGCGGGAUUCCACCUGACGUCCGUCUAUCUGCCCUGACGUCAAGCACGGUUAAAUAUGAGCCGCCGUUCCAGGGCCUCAUAGUCAAUUUGAAACUGGGGGAGGCGCUUCCACUGCUGCUGGACGGCCAAGCUGUUGUCAGUGAUUUUGAGUACAUAUGUGCCGCACACUCUCCCUGCAGCAACGGCGUGUGCUCCGUCAGCCAAGGAGAGGUCCUCUGUGACUGCAUCAAUACCAGCAGCAGGGGACGGUACUGCCAUGAAGCAGCUGUCCAGAAAGAAGUGGAAGGUCUGGCGCACCUGAUGUUAAACCGCCAAGUUUUUCGCCAAGGACAGGAGGAGUCAGUCGCUACGUUCAAAGGCAAUGAGUUCUUCAGCUACAACCUGUCCCAGACCCCCAUUCAGAGCAGUUCGGACGAGAUCACGCUGUCCUUCCGCACCCUCCAGAGGAACGGCCUGCUGCUUCACACGGGGAAAUCCGCUGACUAUGUCGACCUGUCCCUGAGGAACGGAGCUCUGUGGCUGGUCAUCAAUCUGGGCUCCGGUGCUUUUGAGGCCCUGGUGGAACCUGCCAGUGGGAAGUUUAAUGACAACGUCUGGCAUGAUGUUCGAGUCACACGCAACCUCCGCCAGGUGACGAUCUUGGUGGACGGCAUUCUCACCACCACGGGCUACACCCAGGACGACUACACCAUGCUGGGCUCCGAUGAUCUCUUCUACAUAGGGGGCAGCCUAAACACAGCUGAUCUGCCAGGCUCCCCAGUCAGCAACAACUUCAUGGGCUGUCUGAAAGAUGUGGUCUACAAGAACGAUGAGUUUAGGCUGGAACUGUCACGGCUGGCGGAACAGCAAGACUCCAGGAUCAGUAUCCAUGGUGACCUGAUAUUCAGCUGCGAGAACGUUGAGGCCCUGGAGCCGGUCACCUUCGACACGCCGUCUGCCUACUUGACAUUGCCCAGGUGGAACACGAAGAAGACGGGCGCCAUAUCUUUCGACUUCCGCACCACAGAGCCCAGCGGCCUGCUGUUGUUCAGUCACGGCAGCCUGCAGGGAACGCAGCCCGACAAGAAGCCCAGGGCCGACUUCUUCGCCAUAGAGCUGCUGGAUGGAUUGCUCUACCUGGUCAUGGAUAUGGGCUCUGGCAGCAUCAAGAUGAAAGCCAGUAACGUGAGGCUCAGUGGUGGCGAGUGGUGCCAUGUGGAGUUCCACAGGAAAGGGCGCAACGGCUUCAUCUCUGUGAACAGCCAGAGCAUCCCCUUCUCCACUAAUGAAGGCAGCGAGAUCCUCGACCUAGAUGGGGACAUGUAUCUUGGAGGAUUACCUGAGGACCGCCAAGCUCUCAUGCUGCCCCCUGAGGUGUGGACCGCCUCCCUCGGCCUCGGCUACGUUGGCUGUGUCAGGGACCUCUUCAUUGACGGACAGAGCCGCAACCUGUGGAGGCUGGCGGAGGUUCAGAGCGCCACAGGUGUCAGCAGCGUCUGCACUAGAGAGACUCACACACGGUGUGCCAAAGACACGUGUCCCAACGGCGGUCACUGCAGAGAAGGCUGGAACCGUCACAUUUGUGACUGCAAUGGCACUGGGUACCUCGGUCUGAGCUGUGAUAAGGAGGCCACCACGGUGAGCUAUGACGGCAGCAUGUAUCUGAAGGUGGUGCUGCCAAGGACGCUGCACACGGAGGCCGAGGACGUGUCCCUGCGCUUCAUGUCCCAGAGGGCCUUUGGGUUGCUGAUGGCCACCACGUCUCACCAGUCAGCGGACACCCUGCGUUUGGAGCUGGACGGAGGCAGAGUCAAACUCACUGUGAACCUGGAUUGUAUCAGGAUAGACUGUAAUCUCAGCAAGGGACCGGAGGUGCUCCUGGUUGGCGACAAGCUGAACGACAACGAGUGGCACGCAGUCAAGGUGGCACGGCGUGGGAAGAGUUUGCAGCUCUCUGUGGACAAUGUCACUGUGGAAGGCCAAAUGACCGGCGCCCACACUCGCCUGGAGUUCAACAACAUCGAGACGGGGAUCAUGUCAGAGCGGCGUUUCAUCUCGGUGGUGCCCUCCAACUUCAUUGGCCAUCUGCAGGCCCUCUCCUUCAACGGGAUGCUGUACCUGGACCAGUGCAAGAACGGAGACAUCUCCUUCUGCGAGCUGAAUGCUCGAUUCGGCAUGAGGCACAUCGUGGCCAAUCCUGUAACUUUUGUAACCCAAGCCAGCUACCUGGCCUUCUCUACGUUGCAGGCCUACGCUUCCAUGCAUCUGUUCUUCCAGUUCAAGACCACCAGCCCUGACGGCCUCAUCCUCUACAACACUGGAGAUGGCAGUGACUUCAUCAUGGUGGAGAUGGUGAAAGGGUACAUUCAUUACGUUUUUGACUUGGGAAAUGGGCCGUCACUAAUGAAGGGAAACUCUGACAAGCCGCUCAACGACAACCAGUGGCACAAUGUGGUGAUUUCCCGUGACAACAACAAUAUGCACAUCCUGAAGAUUGAUGCCCGCACUGUCACACAACACACCAACGGAGCACGCAACCUGGAUUUGAAAGGGGAGCUGUACGUUGGUGGUCUUGGGAAGAGCAUGUACAGCAGCCUGCCCAGGUUGAUAGCAUCACGGGAAGGAUUCAAGGGCUGCCUGGCAUCUGUGGACUUGAACGGAAGACUCCCCGACCUGCUGGCAGACGCCCUCUACAAGGUGGGGGAGGUGGAGAGAGGCUGCGGAGGUCCCAGCACCACCUGCACAGAGGACUCCUGCCACCACCAGGGAGUGUGUCUGCAGCUGUGGGAGGGCUUCUCCUGCGACUGCACCAUGACCACCUACGGGGGGCCGUUCUGCAGUGACCCUGGGACCACGUAUAUCUUUGGGAAAGGGGGCGCUCUCAUCACCUUCACCUGGGCUCCCAAUGAGCGGCCGAGCACCCGAGCCGACCGGUUGGCUGUGGGCUUCAGCUCCCAGCAGAAGGACGCCAUCUUGGUGCGAGUGGAGAGCACCCAUGGGCUCGGAGACUAUCUUCAGCUGCAUAUAGAUCAAGGGAAAAUCUGUGUCAUCUUCAAUGUGGGGACAGAUGACAUCACCAUCGACGAGCCUGCUGUCAUAGUAAAUGACGGCAAGUACCAUGUUGUACGCUUCACACGCAGUGGUGGCAAUGCCACUCUCCAGGUGGACAACCAUCCAGUCAUUGAGCGCUAUCCGCCAGGACACUAUGAUAAUGAACGACUGGCUAUUGCUAGACAAAGAAUCCCAUACAGACUUGGUCGGGUAGUUGACGAGUGGCUACUCGAUAAAGGGAGACAGUUGACAAUCUUUAACAGCCAGGCGGCCAUUAAAAUUGGCGGCAACGACAAGGGUCGGCCCUUCCAGGGUCAGAUUUCAGGGCUGUAUUACAAUGGUCUCCAGGUGCUCAAACUGGCAGCAGAAAAUGAUCCCAGCAUUCAGGUGGAUGGGAACCUGCGUCUGGUCGGGGACUCACUCUCUGUGCUGACCACCGACACAACGUCCGCCACACCGCUGGCAGUCUCCGAUAUGUCCACCACUAUCAUGGAAACCACCACCACUAUGGCCACCACCACCACCCGUAGGCAGCGAUCACCCAGCUUGAGAGAGAGCAUCUCAAAGCCCCAGAACUCCGAUGAUAUUUUGGUGGCUUCAGCCGAGUGCCCGAGUGACGAUGAGGACCUAGAGGAGUGUGAACCAGGAACAGGAGGUGAAUUAGUGUUGCCUAUUAUAACAGUGGAUUCCCUUGAGCCCCCAUCCAUCGCCACCCGUUACCCUGUCAUCCCUCCUCCCCCCACCCUCCUCUCCCCCCUUGAAACCACCAAAGAGUCCCUCAUGCUCCCUCCUCAUCCCUCCUGCCCCCCGGACCAGGAGGACUGCGGUGACCCUGUGGAGGUCUCGGCCUUCGGCUCUGGGGAGAUGACGGAAUCUGAUGACGAGGACUUUUACAAAAAUAACUCCCCCAUGGUCACUGACAGGACAGUCCUUCCUCCACCUCCCGCCGCCGGUGAGGGUGGAGUCCAGAAACCCCGCCCCCUACCUCCUUAUGUUCCCACCACCAACCCUGACCAGCUCCACAUCCCCGCAGGCAAAAUGAACACCCGUGACCAGGUGCUUCUGCCCCCUGCUCCUCCAUCCUCCCGAAACACACCAGGACUAACUUACCCUCCCAAUUUUCCCCAUGUGCCCACAGCCAAUCCCACAGUCUCUGAUGAAAAGAGCCAACCCGGUGCCGUGGAGGUGAUCAGGGAGGCCAGUAGCACCACGGGGAUGGUGGUGGGUAUCGUGGCUGCUGCUGCUCUCUGCAUUCUUAUCCUCCUCUAUGCCAUGUACAAGUACCGCAACCGGGAUGAGGGCUCCUACCAGACGGACCAGAGCCACAAUUUUGCCAACAAUUCCACUGUGGAUGGCAACGGAGCAGUCAAAGACAAAAGCACAGCAACGGCCUCUGUGGCCAAGGCAAUCACAAAGGGCAAAAAGAACAAAGACAAAGAAUACUACGUCUGA